AUGGACUUUUCCGUUUUCCUGCUUACCCACGCCUAUGUAUACUUGGUCAUCCUUUAUUUAAUCCGCGUCGUGGACUUUUUCGAUUCCACCGAUUCGUGCGGUAUGUUGAGCACAUUGACGAACCUAUUUCCUCCGAAGCCCAAGUGGGCAGUCGAGCAGAUGCCUGACCUGCUGGGCCAAGUCAUCAUUGUCACCGGAGGAAAUGCCGGCAUCGGUAGGGAAACCGUCAAGGCACUGUUGUCGCACAAUGCCAAGGUAUACAUGGCUGGACGCAAUCCUGAGAAGAUGCAACUGGCCAUUAAGGAGUUGCAGGAGGAAACGGGGCGAGAAGCACUUCCCAUGGUGGUCGAUCUCGCUGACCUGUCGUCCAUCAAGGCGGCAGCGGAAGAGUUUCUUAGUAAAGAGGAGCGGCUCGACGUCCUCUUUAAUAAUGCAGGCGCCGUGUAUCCGCCGGUCGAGGAAAUCACUGCUCAGGGUUACGACAUGCAAUUUGGGACCAACGUCCUUGGGCAUUUCUACUUUACGAAGCUGCUUAUUCCCCUGUUGCUCAGCACAGCGCAGUCCUCCGCAACGAGAAAAGCUCGCGUGGUUCACACUGCGUCCAUGGGGCAUCUGUACGUCUCCGGGAUCGACUACCACAUCGUCGAGGAUUGCCCGCGGCGGAGGGCGCACAGCUCGAUCCAGCUGUAUUUCCACAGCAAAUUCGGAAACGUGGUCAUAGCAAAGGAGUUCCACAGGCGGUACUCCAAUCGAGGGCUAGUCUCCGUAUCCCUCCAUCCCGGAAACACUAAGCUCGACAACGAGCGGCACACCUCCUUACUGGCCAGGGUGGUUGGCCUGACAAACCCACUCCAGUCCAGCACGCAGAUGGGUGCUCUUACACAGCUAUACGCAGGGACGGCGCCCGAGGGCGUGGAGUUCGGCGGCAAGUACUUGAUCCCAUGGGCAAGGAUAGGCAAAGCACGCAGAGAGGCCAAUGAUCCGAAUGUCGGACAGCGACUUUGGGAGUGGUUGGAAGAGCAGGUCAAGAAGUGGCUUGAUGAGCAGGCACCUGAAUAG